AUGGCGGACCAAAAUAUUUCGCAGUACAAGUACUCGGCGAUGUCCAACCUGGUUCUCCAGGCGGACCGUCGUUUUAUCAGUCGCACCCAUGACGAACCCUCUGGAGACCCGGAGUCCCUCGCGGGUCGCAUUGGGAUCCGCGAGAUGGGUGCACGAGUUGCGCGUGAGGACGCGCCCAAAUCUAAAAAGACAGCUCCGGCAGCUCUCGAGCGGGGCGCAAUCGGUGAGGGCGAAGAUGUGCUUUUACGCGAACAGAAAAAACGGCACCGCGGCCAACCAGCACAACUACGGGGUCAGGGAAUCCUUUCAGCAGCCGAUGCCUUCGUUGAAGGAUUGAAAUAUCGUCCUCGCACGCCCGCCACACGAGCCACGUACGACCUUAUUCUCACAAUCACCGGAAGCCAGCUCGGUGAUGUCCCCCACGAAGUCAUUCGAAGUGCCGCCGAUGCUGUAUUGGAACUACUGAAGGACGAAGAUAUGAAAGAUUUCGAUAAAAAGAAGGAGAUCGAUGAUCUUCUGGGAACCUCAAUGAACCCCAAGGAGUUCAACGAGCUUGUGAACCUGGGCAAAAAAAUUACAGACUAUGAUGCUCAGGACGAAGAAGAAGAGAUGGAAGGUGGCCUCGAUGAAGAAGGUGGCGAACUUGACGAACGCCAGGGUGUGGCUGUUGUCUUCGACGAAGAUGAAGAUGAUGAGCGCAUGGGAACCGUGGACGAAGUUCGAGACGAGGACGACCUUACCGACGAAGAAGAAGAGGAUGAACAAGAACAACUCGCAACCGAAGAUGCAGCAGCAGCCCAAGACGAAGACGGAGAUGAAAUGGUCAUCGAUGGAGGUUUUGGCCGGACUGAUAAAGCCGCAGAAAAGGCCGGGUUGAAGGUCUCCGCUCGUGAAAUCGAUGCUUACUGGCUGCAGCGUCAAAUCGGUGCCAUAUACACAGAUCCUCACACCCAGCAUGAAAAAACCGAUGAGGCCCUUCAGAUCCUCGGCGGAAAGGAGGAGGAUGGAACAUUAAAACCUCUGCGCGACGUUGAGAACGACCUCAUGGAACUUUUCGACUAUGACCAUCCCGAUCUUGUUGCUAAACUGGUCACCAACCGCGACAAGACCGUCUGGGUUACCCGCUGGAGAAGAGUCGCAGAGGAUCCCGAUGCUCGCAAUCUCGUAGAGAUUGAGAUGGUCGAAGCCGGUCAACGCGCCAUCCUCGAUGAAAUCCGUGGCAAAGAAGUUGGCGAGGAUCUCGGCGCACCGCCUGGUAAGAAGAUGAAGUUUGACUUGAUGGAUGUCGAUGUUCCUUCAGCCCCACCUACCGACCAAAAACCUGCCGAAGUUGGCGAGGGUGGCAUUCCUCAGCCCAAGAGAACGAUCAAUUUGGAAAACUUAGUCUUCCAUCAAGGCAACCAUCUUAUGACCAACCCCAAUGUUAAACUUCCCCAGGGCUCAACCAAGCGAGCAUUCAAGGGAUACGAAGAGAUCCAUGUGCCACCACCCAAGGCCAAGAAGGAGGCUGGAGAGAAGAAUAUCCCGACCACCGAGCUACCGGAAUGGGCCCGUGUUGGAUUUGGAACCUCAAAGGAACUCAACCGUUCCGGAAAGACCAACGUUGCUAUGCUCACAAUUCUUCGAGAAAUCGGGAAGAAUCGCAACCCUGAAACGGGAGAGAUUAUGCUGGAUGACUUCAAAAUUGUAUACAUCUCUCCCCUAAAGGCUUUGGUCCAAGAACAAGUUGGCAAUCUUGGCAAGCGCCUGGAGCCUUACGGUAUCCGAGUGUCCGAGCUUACGGGUGAUCGUCAGCUCACCAAGCAGCAAAUUGCCGAUACCCAGAUCAUCGUCACCACCCCUGAAAAGUACGACGUUAUCACCAGAAAGGCAACCGAGACUAGCUACACCAACCUUGUUCGCCUCGUUGUCAUCGACGAGAUUCACCUUCUCCACGAUGAACGUGGUCCCGUCCUUGAGAGCAUUGUCAGCCGAACCAUUCGCAAAACCGAGCAGACUGGAGAGCCGGUGCGAAUCGUGGGUCUCAGUGCUACCCUUCCCAACUACCGUGAUGUGGGAAGCUUCCUGCGCGCAGAUCCUGUCAAGGGCAUGUUCCAUUUCGACGGCAGCUACCGUCCUUGCCCCCUUAAGCAGGAAUUCAUCGGUGUCACCGAAAAGAAGGCCAUCAAGCAGUUAAAGACUAUGAACGACAUUUGUUAUACCAAGGUCAUGGAGCAGGUCGGGCAACACCGAAACCAAAUGCUUAUCUUCGUCCACUCUCGAAAGGAGACCGCCAAGACCGCCAAGUACAUCAGAGACAAGGCCCUUGAAAAUGAAACAAUUGGUCAGAUUCUGCGCAGUGACGCUGCUAGUCGUGCCAUUCUCUCCGAAGAGGCAGACUCUGUGGAUGAUGCUAGUCUCAAGGAUCUCAUGCCGUACGGUCUCGGUAUUCACCAUGCUGGCCUGAGUCUUGCCGACCGUGAUUCAGUCCAAGCACUUUUCGCGGACGGAAGCAUCCAGGUCCUCGUUUGUACAGCGACACUGGCCUGGGGUGUCAACCUUCCCGCCCACACUGUUAUCAUCAAGGGAACCCAGGUCUACUCGCCUGAGAAGGGUGCCUGGGUCGAGUUGAGCCCGCAAGAUGUUCUGCAAAUGUUGGGACGAGCUGGUCGACCCCAAUAUGAUACCUUCGGUGAGGGUAUCAUUAUCACAUCGCAAGCAGAGAUUCAAUACUAUCUCUCGCUCUUGAACCAACAGCUUCCAAUUGAGUCGCAGCUGAUGAGCAAGUUAGUUGACAAUCUGAAUGCUGAGAUUGUACUUGGUAAUGUUCGCACCCGCGAUGAAGGUGUGGAUUGGCUAGGCUACACGUACCUUUACGUUCGGAUGCUCCGAUCACCUGGUCUGUACAGUGUUGGCGCUGAUUACCAGGACGAUGAUGCCCUGGAGCAAAAGCGAGUUGAUCUUAUUCACUCCGCUGCUGCGGUCCUUGAGAAGGCCGGUCUCGUCAAGUAUGAAAAGAAGACUGGACGUCUGCAGUCGACUGAGCUUGGACGUAUCUCUUCGCACUACUACAUUGGUCACAACUCAAUGCUCACCUACUCCCAACACCUCCAACCCUCCAUUACGACCAUUGAGUUGUUCCGAAUCUUUGCUCUGAGUGACGAGUUCAAGUACAUCCCAGUCCGCCAGGAUGAGAAGCUUGAGCUUGGAAAACUGCUAGGCCGUGUGCCCGUCCCUGUUAAGGAGACCAUUGAUGAGCCCCAUGCCAAGAUCAAUGUUCUUUUGCAGGCUUAUAUCUCCAGACUCAAACUCGAGGGGCUUGCGCUGAUGGCAGACAUGGUUUAUGUCACUCAAUCUGCUGGACGUAUCAUCCGCGCGAUUUUCGAGAUUUGCCUGAAGAAGGGAUGGGCCUCGGUGGCCAAGACUGCGCUUGAUCUGUGCAAAAUGGCCGAGAAGCGCAUGUGGCCGACGAUGUCCCCCCUUCGUCAAUUCCCCCACUGCCCACGAGAUGUGUUGCAGAAGGCGGAGCGCAUUGACGUGCCUUGGGGCAGUUAUUUCGAUUUGGAUCCUCCCCGCAUGGGUGAGCUUCUGAGCAUGCCCAAGGCUGGACGUGUUGUGUGCGACUUGGUGUCCAAGUUCCCUCGACUCGAUGUUCAAGCUCAAGUCCAGCCCAUCACGCGAUCCAUGCUGCGUGUAGAGCUGACCAUUUCCCCUAACUUUGUCUGGGAUGACGAAAUCCAUGGCAAUGCUCAAGACUUCUGGAUUUUGGUUGAGGACUGUGAUGGAGAAGAGAUCUUAUUCCACGAUCGAUUCUUGCUUCGUGGUGAAUUUGCCAAGUCCGAGAUGAAUGAGCAUCUUGUCGAGUUCACCGUCCCUGUCACUGAGCCGAUGCCUCCCAACUACUUCAUCUCGCUUGUCUCUGACCGAUGGAUGCAUUCUGAGACGAAGAUUGCCGUCUCCUUCCAGAAGCUGAUUCUGCCGGAGCGCUUCCCUCCCCAUACACCUCUCCUCGACAUGCAGCGCGCACCUGUCAAGGCACUGAAGCGUGAGGACUACCAAGCGUUGUACCCCAACUGGCAGCAUUUCAACAAGAUCCAGUCUCAGGUCUUCAAGUCAGUAUUCGACACCGAUGACAACAUCUUCAUCGGCGCUCCCACAGGAAGUGGGAAGACUGUUUGCGCUGAGUUGGCCUUGCUUCGUCACUGGUCGAAACAGGAUAGCGGUCGUGCAGUCUACAUUGCGCCCUUCCAAGAGCUUGUCGACCAACGGCUAGCUGACUGGCAGAAGCGCCUUGGUGGACUGGAUGGAGGCAAGACGAUUGUCAAGCUUACGGGCGAAACCACAGCCGAUUUGAAGCUUCUCGAACAGGCUGAUCUCGUGCUUGCCACUCCCACUCAGUGGGAUGUGUUGUCUCGCCAGUGGCAGCGACGUAAGAACAUUCAGACAGUGCAACUGUUCAUCCCCGACGAGCUUCACUUGCUCGGCGGCUACGCUGGAUACGUGUAUGAAGUGAUCGUGUCGCGCAUGCACUACAUCGCUCUCCAGACUGAAAACGAAAUGCGCAUUGUUGGUCUAAGUGUGCCUCUUUCCAAUGCUCGGGACAUCGGGGAGUGGAUUGGUGCCAACAAGCACACGAUCUACAACUUCAGCCCGCAUGCCCGUCCUGUGCCCCUGGAGCUUCACCUUCAAUCAUUCUCCAUCCCCCACUUCCCGUCUGCCAUGCUUGCGAUGGCCCGCCCGGCUUAUCAAUCGAUUUUGCAGCUCUCCCCAGAUAAGCCUGCUCUGGUCUUUGUUCCGAGCCGCAAGCAGGUCCGUGCGACCGCUGCGGAUCUCCUCUCGGCGUGUGCCAUCGAUAACGACGAAGAUCGUUUCCUGAACGCCGAUGUCAAUGAGCUUGCUCCUUUGCUUGGGCGUAUCCACGAGCAGACCCUUGCCACAUCGCUUUCUCACGGUAUUGGCUACUACCACGAAGCUCUCAAUGCCACUGACAAGCGCAUUGUCUUGCACCUCUUCAGCAUCGGUGCGAUCCAGGUGCUGUUGGCUUCGAGAGAUGUGUGCUGGGAACUGGAUAUCACGGCUCACUUGGUCAUCGUUAUGAACACUCAAUUCUUCGAAGGUCGUGAGCAUCGCUACAUCGACUACCCCAUCAGCGAUAUCUUGCAAAUGUUCGGCAAGGCCUCCCGCCCCGGCCAGGACAAGCUUGGCCGUGGUGUUCUUAUGGUGCCAGCAGUGAAGCGCGACUACUACAAGAAGUUCUUGAACGAGGCCUUACCUGUCGAGAGUCACCUGCAGGUCUACCUCCACGAUGCCUUUGUGACUGAAGCCAGCACCAGGACCAUCUCCUCCACCCAGGAUGCGGUUGAUUGGAUGACAUACACCUAUUUCUAUCGCCGUCUCCUUGCCAACCCCAGUUUCUAUGGUCUCAGCGACGUGAGCCACGAGGGACUCAGCACCUUCCUGUCAGAGCUGGUGGAGAACACAUUGAAGGAGUUGUCAGAGGCCAAGAUCAUCGACGUUGAUGAAGAAGAUGACAGCGUUUCGCCUUUGAACGCUGCCAUGAUCGGUGCUUACUACAACAUCUCGUUUAUCACAAUGCAAACGUUCUUGUUGUCGCUCUCAUCGCGGACCAAGCUCAAGGGCAUCCUGGAGAUUGUCACCUCAGCCACUGAGUUCGAAUCUAUCCAGAUGCGUCGCCAUGAGAAUCACAUUCUCCGCCGCGUGUAUGACCGCGUACCGGUCAAGAUGUCAGAGGUUUCCUUCGACUCUCCUCAUUUCAAGGCCUUCGUCCUCCUCCAGGCCCACUUCUCCCGCAUGCAGCUCCCUCUUGAUCUUGCCAAGGAUCAGGAAGAUAUUGUUCGCAAGGUUCUCAACCUGCUCAGCGCUUGUGUGGACGUCCUCUCAUCCGAGGGUCAUCUCAACGCGAUGAACGCAAUGGAAUUGUCCCAAAUGGUGGUUCAGGCCAUGUGGGAUCGUGACAGCCCUCUGAAGCAGAUUCCUCACUUCUCUCCUGAUGUGAUUAAGGUGGCCAAUGAGUACAAGAUCAAUGAUAUCUUCGAAUUCAUGGAGGCCAUGGACCCAUCGGAGAACAAGGACUACGCUACUUUGGUCAAGCGUCUCGGCCUCGACAACAAGCAGUUGGCUCAAGCUGCGGCUUUCACCAAUGAGAAGUACCCCAACAUCGAGCUUGACUUCCAAGUUGAGGAUCCCGAGAGCAUCACUUCGGGCGAACCCGCAUACCUCAAGGUCAAGAUCGAGCGGGACAUCGAAGAAGACGAGGAGCCCGACGCUACCGUCCACGCACCAUUCUACCCCAGCCAGAAGAUGGAGAACUGGUGGUUGGUUGUUGGCGACGAGAAGACCAAGAGCCUGUUGGCUAUCAAGCGUGUUACUAUCGGUCGCAAACUCGAGCUGCGCCUGGAAUAUGUGGUGCCUACUCCUGGAGAUCAUGAGUUGACGCUCUACCUUAUGAGCGACAGCUAUGUUGGCGUGGAUCAGGCUCCUACUUUCAGUAUCAAUGCGGCCGAGGGAAUGGACGAGGAUGAGAGCGAGGAAGAAGAAGAGUAA